AUGGCGGCCGUGCUGAGGUGGAGGUUGCGCCCCGGGGAGAGAGAGGCGGAAGAGGUCGAUCUUUCACACUUGUCUCCUGAAGAGAGAUGGAGGGUGGAGCACGCGCUGAUGCACGCCAAGCACCGCGGGCACGAGGCCAUGCACGCUGAGAUGGUGCUCAUCCUCAUCGCGACGCUCGUGGUGGCACAGCUACUGCUCGUGCAAUGGAAACAGCGGCACCCGCGGUCCUACAACAUGGUCACCCUGUUCCAGAUGUGGGUGGUUCCUCUGUAUUUCACCAUCAAACUCUACUGGUGGCGGUUCCUGGUCGUCUGGGUGCUGUUCUCGGCAGUCACAGCUUUCGUCACCUUCAGGGCCACGAGGAAACCCCUGGUGCAAACAACGCCCAGGCUGGUUUAUAAGUGGUUUCUGCUCAUAUACAAGAUGAGUUACGCCACCGGCAUCGUGGGGUACAUGGCUGUCAUGUUUACGCUCUUCGGUCUGAACUUGUUAUUCAGAAUCAAACCAGAAGACGCGAUGGACUUUGGCAUCUCUCUCCUCUUCUAUGGUCUUUACUACGGGGUCCUGGAGCGAGACUUUGCAGAGAUGUGUGCAGACUACAUGGCCUCCACCAUUGGGUUCUACAGUGCCUCGGGGAUGCCCACCAAGCACCUCUCCGACAGCGUCUGCGCCGUCUGCGGGCAGCAGAUCUUUGUGGACGUCAACGAGGAGGGGAUCAUCGAGAACACGUACAGGCUGUCCUGCAACCACGUCUUCCACGAGUUCUGCAUCCGGGGUUGGUGCAUCGUGGGGAAGAAGCAGACGUGUCCAUACUGCAAAGAGAAGGUGGAUCUCAAGAGGAUGUUCAGUAACCCGUAUCCUUUGUCUGGGAGAGGCCUCACGUCAUGUACGGGCAGCUGCUGGAUUGGCUGCGCUACCUGGUGGCCUGGCAGCCCGUUAUCAUCGGCCUGGUGCAGGGCAUCAACUACAUCCUGGGCCUGGAAUAAGGGCUGGCAGCCCCCCCGUCCCCCCACCCCCACCAUCCCCUCCAUGGGCACAGCACAGCGCCGGCCGCAUCCGUCCAUCCCCACACGGAGGGGUCCGGUCCCCCCUCGGUGUGUGUGGAGGGGAGGGGGUGGCAUUGACAUCAACACGGACUCAGCCCCUCGCUCCCAUCUGGGAUCCGGACCUGGUUUUUUAAUGAUUCUUUCCAUGAAGGUAUUUAAGAACGAAACGAAACCAAAACUGGGCUUUACGUCAAUGAGAACGGAUCAGCCCUGGAGGCGACGGGGCUGGAUCUUCCAUUGCGUGCAGCUUCUAUUGCUCUCUAUGGAUGAACUGAGGCUCAUCUCUGGGUUAUUCUGGCCUUGGGAAUAGGCCGAAACAGGCGCGAAACAGGCGCACAGCGACUCUGAAAUGGACCCGACUUUGAUGGCAGGGAGAGGAAAGAACCGAACCCGAACCCAAGGGCAUUUUGUACAUCGUCUUUUCUACAUGCCCUGCUGUCGGGAGCCCUGGGGGAACCUAUGGACACCUAUGGACACCUAUGGGCACCUAUGGACUCCUGUGGGCACCUAUGGGCUCCUAUGGGCACCUAUGGGAUCCUAUGGGCACCUAUGGGCUCCUAUGGGCACCUAUGGGCACCUAUGGGCACCUAUGGAAACCUAUGGUAUCCUAUGGGCACCCUAUGGACUCCUAUGGGCACCUAUGGGCACCUAUGGGCACCUAUGGGCACCUAUGGGCACCUAUGGGCUCCUAUGGGCUCCUAUGGGCACCUAUGGGCUCCUAUGGGCACCUAUGGGCAUCUGUGGGCUCCUAUGGACACCUAUGGGCACCUAUGAUCUCCUAUGGCCAACUAUGGGCACCUAUGGGCUCCUAUGGACGCCAAUGGGAACCUAUGGGCUCCUAUGGCCACCUUUGGGUUCCUAUGGGCUCCUAUGGGCUCCUAUGGGCACCUUUGGGUUCCUAUGGGCACCUAUGGGCUCCUGUGGGCAACCUAUGGACACCUAUGGGCUCCUAUGGGCACCUCUUUGGUUGGCGGAUGGAAGGAGCCGCGGUGGGGCUGGAGGAGGAAGCAGCUCCGGCUUCGUUUAGAGCCGUGACACCGGGGUGACGCUGAUCCACGCGGCCGCAUCACACGGACGCCACGAUGGCUCAUCCCACCUCUUCCCCUUCCCCCAUCAUUCCCGUUUUAGGGCCCAAAACGUUUCGUUGGGUGUCCAUGCCCUAAAAUGAUGGACGAGAUCCCGCCCAGCGAUGGGGAUGGUACGGUCGAUCGGAAAUAAAACGUCUCCAAACGGA